UAUCACGCGCAGUUACUUUGUAACACGGCAAUACGAGUAAUGAAUUGUUGGAACGGAAAAGUAGCACUUGUGACUGGCGCGAGCGGAGGAAUUGGUCUCGCGAUAUCGGAAGCUCUGGCUAGCCAUGGAAUUAAAGUGAUUGGUUUAGCAAGAAGAAUGGAUAAGCUCGUGGAAGCUGCUGCAAUGAUUGGAAAGCACUUAUUUUUUCCGAUGAGGUGCGAUAUAACGGAAGAAGAUCAAAUACUUGGAACGUUCAACACGAUCGAGGAAAAGUUUGGUGGCGUUGACAUUCUAGUGAAUAAUGCUGGCAUCUUCAGUCUCUCAUAUGUCAUGGAGUCAGAUUCCAUGGAAUGUCAGGAUCUCAUUAAUACUAACUUGAUGGCUCCAGCAAUUCUUGCACGAGAAGCAAUGAAUUCUAUGAGAAAACGCCAGAGUAGGGGUCAUAUAAUUAAUAUCUCCGACAUAGCCGGAUUAUAUCUUGAAGCUAUAAGCAUACCGAUGGGCAUGUAUGGUCCUAGUAAAUACGCUCUACAAGCUCUAGGGAUAGAACUCCGUCACGAAAUAUCGGCGGCCGCACUGGAUAUCAAAAUAACGACCAUUAGCCCUGGAUAUGUUCGGACGGAUAUGUUGAAACGGCUUUAUACUUACAUGAAUGUCUCCCCAGAUACUUUAUUAAAAGAUAGGGACAUCGCCGAAAUAGUGAUUUACGUGCUAGGAACACCGGGAUCGGUAGAGAUUGCGGAAAUCACGGUGUUACCACAAGGCUUGGGAUCUAAUGCUAUUUUACCAUGA